AUGAGCUCCUUCCUCGAGUACCCCGUCCUCGGCGGCGAGGCGGGGGGCUGCGCCGCCCGCGCCUACCACCCCGAGCACGGGAUUACAACUUUCCAGCCCUGCGCCGUCAGCGCCGGCAGCUGCAGCGGAGAGGACCGCUUCCUGGCGGGCCGCGGGGUGCCCAUCAGCCCCCACCGCCACCACCACCACGGCCCGGCCCAGCCCGCCGCCUACCAGCACCACGGCGGGCUGGGGGUGUCCUACGCGCACCCCGGCUGCGGCCCGACCUACGGCGCGCAGGGCUUCGGAGCGGCGUACGGCCCCUACCCCCUGGGGCAGGACGCGGAGCUGGGCGGCGGCUUCCCUCCCUGCGCCCCCGCCGUGUACUCGGGGAGCAUCUCCUCCUCCUCCGCCGCCGCGCAGCACCCGCUCCCGCACCAGGGCUACGCGGGGGCCUCCGCUCAGUACGUGCCUCCCCCUUACGGGCAGGAGCAGCAGAGCCUGCCCAUGGGCACCUACAACCAUGCCCUGUCUCCCCUCCACGCUGGCCACCGGGAAAACGCCCGCUCCCCCUCCACCGAGACCUCGCCACCGGCGCAGACCUUCGACUGGAUGAAAGUGAAGAGAAACCCACCCAAAACAGGCAAGGCUGGCGAGUACGGCUUCGUGGGGCAGCCCAACACCGUCAGAACUAACUUCACCACCAAGCAGCUCACCGAGCUGGAGAAGGAGUUCCAUUUCAACAAAUACCUGACCAGGGCCAGGCGGGUGGAGAUCGCCGCCUCCCUCCAGCUCAACGAGACGCAGGUGAAGAUCUGGUUCCAGAACCGGCGGAUGAAGCAAAAGAAACGGGAGAAAGAAGGGCUGCUGCCCAUCUCCCCCGCCACCCCCACGGGCUGCGAGGAGAAGGCGGAGGACUCGUCGGAGAAGUCCUGCUCCUCGCCCUGCAGCGCCUCGCCCGCCUCCUCCGCCUCGGACACGCUCGCUGCCUCCAACUGA